AUCCAUUUGUAGUCUUUUAUGAAGAAAUUACACAUUAUUUUGAGUUGUUUGGAGUGUUCAGGAGAUCUAGUAUGUCUGGCAGGAGGGCUUUCUAGGUCUUUUUUUGGACUGCUUUGAUGUUCAUCAGAUUCUCCCAGCUGUUACCUGUGGCUUCAAGAAGCUGUUCAUGUGCAAUGACUAUACCCCAGUCAAAAAAUUGGACUACACCAGGUUAUGGGUGAUAACUGAGAGGCCUGAAACCCGUCAAUGAGUUGAUGGGGAGAUGUCUGCCUCAGGCAUGUGAAGACUUCCCUGGAGGAAAUGAGUGGAUGAGAACAAUUUGUUCCUGUGGCCAUGGGCAGAAGCAGGCUCAAUGGAGAAUUAAAAGCUUGGCCAGCCACUGAAGACACCAAGGUCAUUCAUUUCAUCCCAGGCCACUGCACAUCUGUGACUCAAAAGCAAGGGAGACAGAUGACUUUGUGCAACUCUGCCUCACUUGGACCAGUUCAUGUGGGAAUCAAGCAUCACACUCAUGAUGUCCCAGAUGCUCUGAAAAUGGAAGGAUAAACAACAUUGCAAAGCCCUGUGCUAACACGGUUAAGGAUACGAAAAAAGGCAAAAGACAAUUCCUGUGCUGGAGUUCACAAUCUUAUGGGAGAGACAACAUGCAAAUAAAUAUAGACAAGUUAUAUACAAAUGAAGGAGGAAAUAAUGGACAGAAAGAAGACAUUACAAUUAACAAGGAUCUGGAAAACAACAGAGGAGACAAUGGCAGGGCAUAAUCAGCUCUGCAUUCGCCGUUGGACAACUAAGCAUGUUGCUAUAUGGUUGAAAGAUGAAGGGUUUUUUGAGUACGUGGACAUCUUAUGCAAUAAACAUAGACUGGAUGGACUCACACUGCUAACAUUAACUGAAUAUGAUCUACGGUCACCUCCUCUGGAAAUUAAAGUCUUGGGAGACAUAAAAAGGCUGAUGUUAUCAAUACGAAAACUGCAAAAAGUACACAUUGACGUUUUAGAAGAGAUGGGUUAUAACAGUGACAGUCUCCUUGGCCCCAUGUCACCUUACAUCAGUGUUCUGCAAGGCUCAGAAUGGCUAUGUAAUGGGGAACUGCCACAUGAUUGUGAUGGACUUAUCACUGACUUGAAUUCAGAUCAGUACCAAUACAUGAAUGGGAAGAACAAACACAUGGUUCGAAGAUUAGACCCAGAAUACUGGAAGACCAUAUUGAGUUGUGUAUAUGUGUUCAUAGUAUUUGGGUUUACAUCCUUCAUAAUGGUUAUAGUCCAUGAACGAGUGCCUGACAUGCAGACUUAUCCACCACUCCCAGAUAUAUUCCUAGAUAGUGUUCCUAGGAUUCCAUGGGCUUUUGCCAUGACAGAAGUGUGUGGUGUCAUUCUCUGCUAUAUCUGGCUGCUGGUGCUUCUCCUUCACAAGCACAGGUCAAUACUCCUGCGAAGACUCUGUAGCCUAAUGGGCACUGUAUUCUUGCUUCGCUGCUUUACCAUGUUUGUGACUUCUCUUUCUGUGCCAGGACAACACCUUCAGUGUUCUGGAAAGCUGUAUGGCAGUGUUUGGGAAAAACUGCACCGAGCCUUCGCCAUCUGGAGUGGCUUUGGCAUGACCUUGACUGGAGUACACACUUGUGGAGAUUAUAUGUUCAGUGGCCAUACUGUUGUCCUGACUAUGCUGAAUUUCUUUGUUACUGAAUAUACACCAAGAAGCUGGAACUUCUUGCAUACUCUAUCCUGGGUACUCAACCUCUUUGGAAUCUUCUUCAUUCUGGCUGCACAUGAACAUUACUCUAUUGAUGUGUUUAUUGCCUUUUAUAUCACCACAAGACUCUUUUUGUAUUACCAUACUUUGGCCAAUACCAGAGCAUAUCAGCAGAGUAGGAGAGCAAGGAUCUGGUUUCCCAUGUUUUCUUUUUUUGAAUGCAAUGUUAAUGGUACAGUACCUAAUGAGUAUUGUUGGCCUUUUGCAAAACCUGAAGUAAUGAAAAGAUUAAUUGGUUGAAGAAUGUGUCUUUGUAAAGGAUUCAUGAUCAAAUAUACAGAAAUGGUUUCAAAAACUAAUAACUUUAUUUUUCCCCCUCUUGUGUUUCUGAAUGCCUUGCUUACUUGACUUGUUAGUUGACAGAGUGGGACUUUCUGUGCUUAAAAAAAAUAGGGUUAUGGUUGUAAAAAGUAAGCCUUGAAUAGUCAGGAGUAUUCAAGUAGAUAUUUGAACAGAAAGCUCAAAUAAUCUUUUUCCUUUUAGGGGAGGGGUAGGGAGGGAGAAUACAGAUUUUGUUUUAGUAUUUUGAGGUGAAUAUAUUUCUUGUUGAAAAGAUUUCUGCUGAUUAUUGGCAUGAUUAUAUUCAAGAAAUAAUAUUUUGUGGAAGCUGCUUCCAAUUAUCUUCAAAAAAAAAAUCCACAAGCAAUACUUAUCAUUUAAACAGAUUCUUCAUCUCUGUCUAUCUCUAUCUUCAUUUUCUUUUCUUCUCUCUCUACACAAAUACACACACACACACACACAAACAUAUCAGAGUGUAAUUCUGAAGAAUGAAUAAGUUUUAUUGGCUAAUAACUGCCUUCUGAGUCUGCCAUCUCUGAGAAGAUACUGUGUUUACACCAAGAUGCCUGAAAUUAGGACAAAAGAAUAAAAGGGGCAUUUGAUAGGGUAGACAGAAAGCUGUUGAUAAAGCCAUCAGCAGAUGCAAGUCAGUGAUCCCACUGCAGGGACCCCACCAGAGGAGCAAAUAAUAUAAAAUAUUUCUUUUCCACUUGGGGGCCUCAGUUUGGCCUUCAGUUGCUAAGAAAAGAUGGCCACAUUCGUAGAAAAAUAACUAUGAUUUAGUGACGUCACCUUGACCAAACUUGUACUUUUUAAUGAUAAAUUAUUUAACUAGAGAAGUGAGAGUUGUUUUCUAGAUAUUGAACAAGAUUUUUAUGCCCUGUAAAUAAGGAAAAUAAGCAUGUGAUCAUUUUAACUUCUGGGGGGAAAAGAAGCUUAAUAGCAAAUUUCAGAAUUUUUUUUUCCUUUCUAUUUUUGAUUUUUGAAGUUUCUGGUUCCAGGUCAUUGAAAAAUGAGCAAGUAUAUUUAGACACGUAAAAAGUUUUUUUUAAAAAACACAAACUUGUAAAUACAUUCUUUUUAUAGUCUUAUUUCAGCAGCCAGCACAUUAGAUUAGCUGCUUGUUUACACACUAGAAGUUAAGUAUAUUGAUUAAUUUAGCUUCUGAGAUACCAUUGGUCACUUUUUUUUUUUUAAUGAUUCUGUUUUGUGGUUGUGAAUAGAGAAUAGUUAUAAAACUGGAGUUUUGAGAUCUUUAAUGGGCCUAUGUGAUGUUCUCUGCUCUUCAUCAUUCUUUGAAAAUCCUGCAAGUGAGUUUAGCCACUUGAAAGCUUCUUUGUGCAGUUUUAACAUUACUUUUUAUACAUAGGAAGUUGGAGAAAGUGCUUGUAAUUGAGGCCCUAAAUGAGGCCAACCUAAUAACAAUCUGCUCCUUCUUUGCCUUUUUCUUUUGGCACUUUAAUUAAUCUCGGCCCAUUAGCUGCAGAGGACCCAGGAUAAAUUACAAGGUAAAGUAUUAUUAUCCUAGCAAAACUCACCUUGGUAUUGUAUGACCUCAAUUUGUGUCGGCUUUGAACUUUAUCUUUUAAGUUCACUUCUUAAUGUCCAUAGGAGAAUACCAUGUGUGGAACAAGGCUAAUUUAAGUUUUAUUAUGCUCUGUAGUCCCUGACAUUUCCAAUUUUUAUAAUAUCUUAAAUGGAGGGCAAAAAUGCUGAUAUUUCAUCCAAAGAAAAUGCAUUGUCUUGAAGGAUGACUAUUCUGUUCCGGUCAGAGGAGUUUAUAUUAAAUUGAUCUGUUCCCUUCCCCUUCAGUUCAAGAGACUGGACAGUGUUAUUGCUUUAUUUUCUGACUGGCAAAAAGAAUUGAAUAUCAAUUGAAUGUCCUUUUUUGGAAUUCAGAUACAGUAGUAUAUAGCUUAGCUAGGGAAGAUCAGAUAAUGGCUUAUGGAGAAUUUUAAAAAUAUGUUGUAACAUUAAUACAGAUAUGUUAAAUACUAAUUUAAUGAUCAAUUUUUCCAUCUUUAGGCUUUACUUCAUGUAAUUUUUAAGACUCAAAAAGAAAAAUGCAAUCACCUUUUCAGAGCUAUUGACAUUGAAAGCCCCUAACCAUGGGCUGAUUUUGAGCUUCAUUAGCUGUCAGACUUAAAAAUAACUUCUUCAUCUGGCAUUUACUCAUAACUAUUGUUGAAGCAAAAAAUAGAAGUUUGUAAUUUAUUAUUGUAGCUAUUUUAAGACAGUGUUUACAUAACCUUUAAAUGAUCAUCUCGAAGGUUCUUUCCUGAAAGACUUUGAGAUAAAUUUCUCUUCAGUUUUUUAAAUGUGAAAUAUAUCUAUUCUUGUAUUUUUUUUGUCCAGAAAUUUCCAAUUUUAUCUUUGAAUUUUUUUUUUCUUCUUAAAAGUCAAGCCAUAGUAAUGAUAAUAACAUUUAUGUUUACAUUUUGGGCUUCAUAUGUUUGGGUAGAAAGGUUACAUAAACUAGGUCUACAUCAUUAUUUUAUAACAUUAUGGCUCUACCACUAUUAACUUGAGUCACUCACAUCACCAAGAAUUCAGGGUUUUGGCUUCCUCAUUUUCAAGGUUCUUUGGAGUCAUAUGUAGAAGAAAAGACAAAGGUUUAAGUUUAGCAAGCAAAAGUAGGUAGUUUCCUUUCUGUCUGGAUGUAGUUGCUGUAAUUCUAGGGAUUUGGGGUUCUUUUCUUUAAAUUAAUGAGGAUUGCUACUUUGGUCGCUAUUGAAGUACAAUGUGGAAGCCUUAAAAAAUGGAAGGCUACCAUUGAUUUGACAAAUAAUGAGCCCUAUUGUUCCACUGAAUUCCUAAUGCCUUUUUCUCUUUCACUCUAUCUAGUCUCACAUGGCCAAACAGAGAGAACAAAACACUUUUUUAAAAUAGCAAAAGUUUGGAGUAUCCAUCUUUCACACCUUAUCAUGGUCCUUUGGUUUUUUGAAGGAUGAAAUCAGUGAACUUAGAUUUAGAGAUAAGACCUUGAAUAAGUAAAAUUGUUCAAAGAUAAAAUUCACUGACUAGAAAGCUUAGUGUUUCAAAAAUAGAAUUUUAAGAAUGACAUUAUGAGUAUUCUUCCUUUCUUUUUGCUUGUAUGUUGUUUCGUGAAUCUCCAGAAAGCCAACAAAUACAAAAAGAGAAUAAGAAAUGGCAUCUAGUUUGUAUAGUGGAUUCAGUUUUUAGGGGAUCUGUUUAGAAAACAUUAAUUUAAUGUCACUGAAAUAGCAAUAACACUAACCUGCUGUUUGUAUUCAGAAAAAAAUAAUAUCACUAAUUUUAUGUAAACUUUUUUUUGUUUAUAUUACAAAAUGCCAGGAUACUCUAACCAAGUUCUUGUUUUAAACUUGCUAAUUUAGUAAACUUAAUUUUUAUGGUCUUUUUUAUAGACUUCAAAUAUCACUAAUAAAUUCUAACAUUAGUCAUAGUUGAGUCUAAUAGGGGCUGUUCAGUUAAGAUGAAUAAAAAUGAACUCUGUUAGAAUUAUUCAGUUGCUUUUAAAACAGUAUCAGUUUUAUUUGGAUGCUUUCAAAGCCAACUGAAGUAUGCUCAUUAAAAAACAAAUUUUGCUUAGCAGAUUAAGGAGUUUGUUUUUGACAAACUCUAGACUGAAGAAAUUGUGUCUGAGUGGGUGAAUUUGACAAUGACAUCCAAGGCCAAACUGUUACAUGUAACCAACAAAACUAAAUUAU